AUGACAUCACCAAAUGAUGGCGCUCGCUCGCCUGCUCCGCCCGAUCCGUUUCAAGGCCUUCUGUUUCUGGUUGGGGUAGCGGAAAACAAAAACUUGUCGUAUCGCUCAAAAAUGGAAGAUGUCCACACCUAUGUGGCAAACUUUGCGGAGCGCCUUGAUUGGGGCUACUUUGCCAUCUUUGACGGCCACGCCGGGAAACAGGCUGCAAGGUGGUGUGGUAACAAUUUGCACGUGCUCUUGGAGAACGAGAUUCUUGCUCGCGAAGCAGAAAAAGAGAAGUCUCCCUAUGACAUCAAGGAAUUGCUCCAUACAGUGUUCAUACGCGCAGACGAGCGUAUAGAAGAAGAGGGGUUCGGCUCUUCCGGAAGCACCGCGGCUGUCGCCGUGUUGCGCUGGGAAACAGACCAAAAAGAUCUGGUUGAAGGUUCUGCCGGACGCGCUCUGGAAACAUCUGGCUACGACUUUGUGCCCACGAAGCAGCAUCGCCGCGUGUUAUACACGGCCAAUGUGGGAGAUCUGAGGAUCGUUCUUUGUCGUGGUGGCCGUCUGUACCGGUUGACGUAUGAUCACAAAGCUUCUGACCAAAGCGAAGUUGCAAGAGUUCGUGAUCUGGGCGGACUCGUACUUAAAAACCGCGUCAAUGGGGUUUUAGCAGUCACGCGUGCAUUGGGAGAUGCGUAUAUCAAGACGUUAGUCACCGGGAAGCCUUUUACAACGUCGACGGAGAUUACACGCGAAGACGAGUUCCUAAUAUUGGCAUGUGACGGCGUUUGGGACGUGAUCUCCGACCACACUGCGUGCCGUCUCGUGCACGAUGUGUUUGAACGUCAGCGCCAGGCCGGAGAGCCAUAUGACCCGCCGGCGGCGGCUCGUAAACUCUGCCAAUUGGCUAUAGAAAAAGCAUCGACAGAUAAUGUGACUGUGAUGGUGGUGAAGCUUGAUCCAAAUAUUUUGCCAGCUUAG